AUGGGCAAUUGUAUCAGCUUCAAGAAGAAAAAGGAUGUAACUCGUGAGCAUCCAACAGUUAGUAAAUGGCUUGCAAGCUGCGAUUUUUCUUCGGUUCCAGAUAUAGACGAUUUCAUCGUUGAGGAAGAAUCUCAAAAUCGUAUGGUAUAUGAGAGUGUGCUGGGCGGAGACACAACGGCUGUUGACCUUGACGGUUAUAUCACGGCUCUAGAAAAUCUCGAAAGUGAAGAUGAACGAAGCGGCGAAAAGGCUAAUACUGCUGCACCAUCAUCUUCAGACGAAACGCAACAUCAGGUUGAUUCUUGCACCUUUGGUGAUGAAGAAAGUAUCUAUGAGACUUCGGAUGAGUUGCCUCCUACGGAUCCUCCAGCUGAGGUGCCGAAUACCCCCAUGUUUUCCGCUCGGACUGCCUGUGCUGGUGACGAAGCGGAAGAGGAAGAGAACGAUGUAGUAGAAGAUCUUGCAAAGUGGAGAACGAAUUAUGAUGACAGACCUAUCUGCCCACUCCCUACUCCAUUUCGAAAGAAUCUUAUAUCUCCUCGCACUGACCUGGAAACGUUGGUCGAUAGUCGAGGAAAAGUAAGAAGAACGCAACGAGUAAAACUGUAUCUGGAGGAGAAGCGCCAACAUGCCCAAGUCUCAUGAUCAUAUCUCUGCCUACUUCCCACAUAUCCUUCUCAUCUAACACUCCAAUCAAUUCACUUAGGACAGUGUUCCCUGUCAAUUAUCAGGUUUACUGACCACUUAUAGCUAUUUGACUAAGGCUGUGCUAUGGGCUGCAUGACUUAGCUUGAUUGAUCUUGCUUAUUUUUUAGAAUAUAAUUCAUUACUUAAUUACGUGUAGAAAUUUUUAUGAUCUUCGCAGAACUUAUGAAGCCACUUUGAGUUGCUCUCUCUCUCGCUUGUACAAAUUCUCCUUCUGCUCACUUAAGUGUAUUUCUCGUAGUCUUUCUACAGCAUAAUGCUUUCUAUAUAUGCCACUUAA